AUGACAUCUAGUUCAUUCUCUGAUGCGGUGCCUAACCAGAACCAAAGUAUAUUGAUAAUUGUUAUGUGCUUGAUUGCAACCUGGGUGGAUGAUCCAACUGGGGAUGCGUAUAAACGUCAUCUUGCAAGAAUACCUGACUAUUUUUGGGUUGCUGAAGAUGGAAUGAAAAUGCAGAGUUUUGGCUGUCAAAUGUGGGAUGCAGCCUUUGUUAUUCAAGCGAUCAUAUCAAGUAAUCUUGCAGAAGAAUACGGGCCUACUCUUAAAAAAUCACAUGAUUUUGUAAAAUCCUCACAGAUUCGCGAUAACCCCCUGGAGAUUUCAGUAAAAUGUACAGAGCACACUUCUAAAGGCGGGUGGACGUUUUCAAUGCAAGACCAGGGUUUGCAAGUCUCAGAUUGUACAGCGGAAGGCUUGAAGGUUGCACUUCUGUAUUCCCAAAUGAGCCAAGAACUUGUUGGUGAAAAACUUGAAUCUGGGUGUCUCUAUGAUGCUGUCAAUGUUAUUCUUUCAUUACAAAGUGAAAAUGGUGGCUUUCCAGCUUGGGAGCCGCGUAGGGCUUAUUCUUGGGUGGAGAAAUUCAAUCCAAUAGAGUUUUUUGAAGAUGCGUUGAUUGAGCGAGACUAUGUGGAAUGCACCUCGUCCGCCAUCCAAGGUUUGGUGUUGUUCAAGAAGUUGCACCCUGGACAUAGAAUACAGGAGAUCCAAAGUUGCAUUUCAAGAGCUGUGAAGUACAUUCAUGACAGACAAAACCCAGAUGGUUCAUGGCAUGGUUGUUGGGGAAUAUGUUACACCUAUGGUACAUGGUUCGCAGUUUGUGGUAAGACCUAUUAUAAUAGUCCCACACUUCGAAAAGCUUGUGCAUUUCUGCUAUCGAAACAACUUCCUGAUGGUGGAUGGGGAGAGAGUUAUCUUAGCAGUGUAAAUAUUUUAUUUUGUUUGAUAUAUGAAUAUACAAAUUUGGAUGGAAAUCGAUCAAAUUUGGUACAAACCUCAUGGGCUUUAAUCUCACUUAUGAAAGCCGGACAGGCUAAAGUUGAUAGUACACCAGUAAAACGUGGAAUACGGCUCCUCAUAAAUUCUCAAAUGGAAGAAGGAGACUUCCCACAGCAGGAAAUCACAGGAGCUUUCUUUGGGAAUUGUAUCCUCAAUUACUCAUCAUAUCGAAAUAUAUUCCCUAUUUGGGCUCUUGGUGAGUACCGUCGUACUCUUCGGUGUGCAUGA